AUGUCAAAUCGGAAACGCUCACAAGGCUCUCAAGGCCCUACCGACUCGGAAAGUGAAGACGACUCCUUAGAAAGUUCUUCUACUUCCCCCCAAUCGAGAAAACGGUCCCGUGUAUCCAGUUCGCCCGAGUCUGAAGCACAUGGACAAAGCCGUGAAGCUAGCGAUAACGAUGAAGAAACAGAGCGGGGGAUCAGAUCAUAUACCGUGGACAUUGACCAGGACGAAGAGGAGCUCGAGUUACUCGCAACACAACUCAUUCAAGCGAAAUAUUCUUUUGCCAGUGACGAGCCCAAUGUGCCUUCAGAACAUGGUAUUCUUGAGCGAGUUGAAUGCUAUAACUUCAUGUGUCAUGAUCACUUCCAAGUGGAACUCGGGCCUUUAAUCAACUUCAUCGUGGGCAAAAAUGGCAGUGGCAAGAGUGCCGUUCUGACUGCUAUAACACUAUGCUUGGGUGGGAAAGCGUCAGCCACUAAUCGGGGCCAGAGUCUCAAAAGCUUCAUCAAAGAAGGUAAAGACUCCGCUACUAUCAUUGUUCGAAUCAAGAACCAAGGCGACGGGGCUUAUCUGCCUGACGAUUAUGGUAAGUCAAUUAUCGUGGAGCGUCAUUUCUCCAAAAAUGGCACGAGCAGUUUCAAAAUUAAGUCGGAGAACGGGCGCAUCGUCUCCACUAAAAGGGUUGAACUUGAUGCUAUCAUUGAUUACUUCACAUUGCAAUUUGAGAAUCCUAUGAAUGUUUUAUCGCAGGAUAUGGCUCGCCAAUUCCUCAGCUCCUCCAGUCCGGCCGAAAAGUACAAGUUCUUUGUGAAAGGCGUUCAACUAGAACAACUCGACCAGGAUUAUCGACUGAUUGAAGAAAACGGUGACCUGAUUGAGGCGAGGAUUUUGAGCAAACAGCAGGAUAUAUCUGUUUUGAAAAAACGCAGGGACUCAGCCAAGAGGAAAAUGGAGUUGUCAGAUCAGCAAGAAUCUCUGAGAGAACAACAGAGACACCUUCGACACCAGGCAGCAUGGGCCCAGGUAGAAGAACGGGAGAAAAUUAGAGACUCUUUGGUGGCCGAAGUCUCCAGCAUGGACCGCAAAAUAGCCGAAACUGAGGGCGAAGUUCAAAGAUGCGAUGCAGCUAUUCAGGAGGCGGAGGCAGAAGUUGAAGCAGCCGCCGAAUAUUCCAGAGGGGCAUCUGCUAAAGUUGACAAUGCUCAAAGUGAAAAGGACGAUAUUCAAGCAAAAUGGAAGGAGACCAUGAGUGGUCAGCUUGAGCUUCAGGCUGAACAGCGCCGAAUAAAGCAGCAUGUGGAUGAAACAGAAGCGCGGAUCAAGGAACUGCACCAAAAAAUCAAUCAAGAAACACAGCGGCUGGCCGAUGCUCAUGGUGGUGGCUAUUCGCGAAUGCUGGAGGAACUUGAACGAGCGAAAACAGAUGCUUCAGAGGCUCGUAGAAAAAUCGACGAACACGAGCAGGGCUUACGGCAGAUGUACAGCGACGUCAAAGAGGCCGAAACCCAGGAAAAGGCGGCACAUCAACCUAUCACACAAGCCAGGCGUGAAUUUGAGGAAGCUGAGGCCCUACUACAUAACCUUAGCAAAGAAGGUGGCGGCAGAAACUCAGGGUUUCCGGAGAAGAUGCCAGUCCUUGUUAGGGCAAUCCAGCAAGAACAAUCCUUCGCUGAGAAGCCUGUUGGGCCUAUUGGAAGCUUAGUGACUUUGCUCAAGCCAGAAUGGUCAUCCAUCUUGGAAAGCUCCUUUGGGGCAACGUUGAACGGUUUCAUCGUUACCUCGAAACGGGAUCAAAGCAUCUUAUCCGGAAUCAUGCAACGAGUUAACUGUUCGGUGCCAAUUUUCAUUGGCGGCGGUGGCUGUCUAGAUACGUCACAGCAUGAGCCAGAUCAGCAAUAUGAUACCGUUUUACGAGUUCUGCAGUUCGAUAACGAGUUGGUGCGCCGACAGUUGGUCAUCAAUCAUGGUAUAGAGCAGAACCUCCUCAUUGAAAAUUUAGAAAAAGCGUCGUCUGUGCUAUUCGAGGGUGAAAAACCGAACAACGUCAAACGAUGUUAUUGUAUCAACCAUUCAGACAGACGCCGAGGAAUCCAUUUGUCCUACAAUCGGGCUGGUGAGCCAAACCAGUCCCCUGUUUCAGUUUAUGGUGGUAAUCCGCGGAUGAAGUCGGAUCGCGACUCGCAAAUCAGAGUGCAACGCGAAGCAGUGGCCAACCUUAGAAGAGUCUUGAACAGUCGUCAAGAAGAGCUGCGCUCUGCUCAAUCUCAUCUCACACGCUGUAAGCAGACUCAUGAACGAAACGAAAGGAGGAAAAAAGAUCUUUCUGUUGAUAUUCAACGGAGGGAUGAUCAUGUCGAAGAGAUCGAGGAAGCGCUUCAGAAAGAGGGUAAUCAGGAUGGAGAUCUUGAAAUACUCCAGGCGUCUCUCCGAGAAGCCCAAGAGGAAAAGGGCACACAUGAAGGCUCUCUCAACGAUGCGAAGAACGCCCUGGCAGAAAUCAUGCAAGAGAUGAAAAAAAUCAAGAAGGAGCAAGAUGCAAAGAUUGUUGAAAUUAAUAGGCUCAAAGAAGAGCUCAGUGUUGCUGAGAGCGAGCAGCACAUGAUAGCUGACAAAAAACGCAAACGAAUUCUUGACAAAAAUGCAGCAAUUGAGCUGAUCGAGGAUAUCAAUCGACGCCGAGAUCGUAUGAGACAGAAAAGAGAUGCCGCCGAUGCUGAAGUGCAUGAUUGUGUCACAAAGGCCAGUUUGAUUUGCGAGCGUGUUGAGAUUAACCAAGGCGAAACCCCUACCAGCUUGGACCGCAAACUCGAGAAAAUCAGCCGAGAAAUGGCCAACCACAGCCGACAAUUAGGUGGCAGUCGAGAGGAAAUUGGCGCCGAGGUAGAAAAGACUGAACGUGAUUAUCAACAUGCCAAAAAACAGUUGGACGAAUUUGGCUUGCUUCUUCAUGUCCUCAAACUCUCUCUUCAGCAUCGUCAACAACGCUGGCUUAUUUUCAGAUCGCAUAUCUCCUCCCGCGCCAAAGCUCAAUUCACUUAUCUUUUAAGUGAGAGGAGCUUCCGCGGGCGGCUUUUAGCUGACCAUGAGAACAAGACUUUGGAUUUACAGGUUGAACCUGAUAUAACAAAGGACAGCAGCGAAGGACGCGGUGCGAGAACACUCUCUGGCGGGGAAAAGUCAUUCUCGCAGGUUUGCCUUUUACUAGCGCUCUGGGAGGCCAUGGGAUCACCUAUCCGCUGUUUAGAUGAAUUCGAUGUUUACAUGGACCACAUCAACAGAAAAAUGGCGAUCGACAUGCUUAUGUAUGCCGCCAGACGGUCGGUCGGUCGCCAGUUCAUCCUCAUUACGCCUGGCUCGAGGGCAGAGAUUAGUCUUGCGCCUGAUGUCAUGGUGAAAGAGUUAGCAGAGCCGGAACGGGGACAGGCAAGACUGUCUUUUCGAUAG